GCGCCAGCAGUGAGUGGUGCGGCCAAUUCGACAGUGUUCGAAGCAAAAGAGUGCGCUGCGCUGCUGUGUGUGAACGAGCGCCAGUGCCGAUCGCACCGAGAGAAGUGAGAUUACAGUGGGCGACAGUUGUUUGUCGGGCCGACCGCCGCCGCCGAGGCCCCGUUUCCAGCCGAUAACGCGUCCACCGAACGAGCGAUGAGUGUGAAAAUGGCAGGACAAACCAUCAACGACAGGUUUCUGGCCGCCAGGCACAGCUUGGCCGGUCAGGGUCUGGCCAAAUCGGUGUGCAAGGCCACCACCGAGGAGAUGAUCAGCCCCAAGAAGAAACAUCUCGACUACCUGAUUCACUGCACGAAUGAGCCCAACGUGAGCAUCCCACAGCUAGCCAACUUGCUGAUCGAGCGGUCGCAGAAUACCAACUGGGUGGUGGUGUACAAAGCGUUGCUCACCGUGCACCACCUGCUCUGCUACGGCAACGAGAGAUUCACACAAUACCUGGCAUCCAGCAAUAGCACCUUCCAGCUCAGCAACUUCCUCGAUAAAAGCGGGGUGCAAGCCGGGGCCCAAGUUGGAUACAACAUGUCUCCGUUUAUCAGGAGAUACGCAAAGUACCUCAACGAGAAGGCCCUCUCAUAUCGGACUGUAGCAUUCGACUUCUGCAAAGUCAAAAGAGGGAAGGGCGAUGGUACCCUGCGUACAAUGAACACGGACAAGUUGCUGAAGACGCUGCCUGUGCUGCAGGCGCAGUUGGACUCGCUACUUGAAUUUGAUUGCUCAGCAAAUGACCUGACCAAUGGGGUCAUCAAUAUGUGUUUCAUGCUGCUUUUCAGAGACUUGAUCCGUCUGUUCGCUUGUUACAACGAUGGCAUCAUCAACCUGCUGGAAAAGUACUUUGACAUGAACAAGAAGCAGUGCCGCGAUGCGCUUGAUCUGUACAAGAAAUUCCUCAUCAGGAUGGACCGUGUCGCUGAGUUCCUCAAAGUCGCUGAGAAUGUCGGCAUCGACAAGGGUGACAUUCCGGACCUCACAAAGGCGCCUAGCAGCUUACUCGAUGCUCUUGAACAACACCUUGCAGCCUUGGAAGGGAGGAAAGGAUCUGCUGCCAACACUCCGACUCAGGGCGCAAGAAACAAUCUAACGUCUGGAGUUUCCGCCCUCUCCUCCACUAGUUCUGCAUUUGGUUCGGCCGCCAGAACCGAGGCCGCGGCUGCCAACGGAGCCCUCGCGGCCAGCAUUGACGAGACCUUGCGGCGGCAGGCGUUAGCAGAUGAAGAGGCCGCCCUCAACGCAUACAAAGUACAGGAGAAGCAGUCAAGUCCAACCCAGAACAACAGUAGCACAAACCCAUUCUUGAGCUCGCCAACCAACUCUGGCGCAGCUGCAGUAGAUUUCUUCGCGACGCCAGACCCUGGCGCAGCACAGGCGAACAAAGCGUCAGACGACCUUCUGCAACUGGCUGGAAACCCUUUCGCGGACAUGUUUGGAGGCCAGCCCGCACAGCCAGCAGCCGCCGCCGCCGCGCCCACAAAUAUGUGGGCCAGUAACGGUUUCUCAGGCGCCUCUCCUCUCCCUGCCGCCACUGCCGCGGUCGGAUCAAACUUUGUCUCUGAAAAGGCGUUCAGUUCUGUCUUUGGAGAUGCAAGUGAUAGCUCCGAUCCAAAUCCGUUUGGCGCCGAAUUCCCUGCAGCCGCCGAGGCUGCUGCCCCCGCCCCCUCUGAACCCCCCUUGUUUGGCACGCCGUCCAAGGCAAAAAGUGCCUUUGAUGACCUCAACGACAGCAUCUUGGCCGCCCUGGGCGCCUCCCCCUCGCACGCCGCUCCCGUGCAGCAGCAGCCCCAGCCGCCCACAAUCGUUUCCUCCCUCGUGCCCCAAAGUGGCAGCCCUUCGGUUGCGUUCGGAUCGCCUGCACGCCCAACAGGUGACGCCGCUCAGCCAGCCCCACAGGCUGCCACUGGCACCCUGCUCACCGGAGACCUCGAGUCGAGCCUAGCCAGCCUGGCGGACAACCUCACCAUCAAUAAGAACCAACAGGCUCCCAAGGGAGUGCAGUGGAACUCACCUAAAAAUACUGCCAAGCCAGGCACAAACUGGACUCCGCAGCCGAUGGCGGCCACCACAGGUGCCAAUUACCGACCAAUGGGCCAGGGCAUGCAACUUGUCCAACCUGCUCCGCAAGCCGUACCCUUCACCACGUACCCUAGCCCCCAGGUCUACCCUACGAUGGGAAUGUGGCCUGGGGGAAUUCAGCAGCCAAUGAUGGCGGCGCCUGGAGCCCAAAUGAUGCCUGCAGCUAUGCCAGCCCAACCACAACAGCCCCAACCUGAUCCUUUCGGUGCUCUUUAAGCCCAUUUUGUGUUUACUAGAAGCGAAGUCGGUGCAAUACAAGAUGAUGCAAACUAGACAGAAGAAUAAUACCUGCUGGAACCUCAAUAAGCGUGAGAACUCAUAUUAAUUUGUCGGCGGCGCUCACUCAGAAGUAUACCAAACCACUAUCAAAGGUAUUAAGUCCGCAUCUGUCGACCACGAAUCAGUCUUGUUUCAGCGUUUCACUCACUUUCCGUUUCAAUUUCGGAGGAAAACUUGUGUGCGAAUAACAUUUUUAAGCUUCUUGUAAAUAACACAGAUGCGAGUUGGAGCUGAGAAUUAGAGGGCUUGUUGAUCUCAGUUGUUCCAUUACUCUUUAAGUUACACUUAUUGACGUACACACACAGCGCAUUAUCGGGCGAACUCAAUAAUUAAUUGUAAUUGUAAACACCAUUACGAACCGAAUGAAAGAGUGCGAGACAAGUUGAGUGGUAGUUUAACGCAAAACCUAGUUGUUUGAAGACAAAAAUAUAUAUAUACCAAUGUAUUUGCGAAAAAUGUAUAAAGGUAAAUUAAUGAAACAAUUACUGUCCAACAGAGCACUGUAUUUAAGGGUUGGAAUACUUAGUGAGCUCACAAGAGAGGCUGAAAAUACAAUAUUGAUUUUGAAAGUUAUAUAAACUCUCUGCGAGCGUUUUGGGAAUUCGCCAAAUAAAGAACGUGCAUGCGAACAGCUUGUAGUCGGUCCACACACUAUUGAAUGGUUUUAGUUAGGAGAAUAUUAUCAAAGUAUUUAGUGCAAAAACGUGUUGUCACACCAAUUAAAAUGCAUUACUCACAACAUUAAAAGCGCAGUCAUAGUAAGCUGUAAUUUAAUGUUGAUGUCAAAUAGUCAAGAGUCAUGUAAACGAGCCAGACCAAGCACCAAAACCACAUUUGUUUGGUUUCUGUUCUGGCUUAGCAUAAUAUUUUCUUGAGUGCAGUUUGAACAACGAGUGUGUGAGUAAAAUCAUCAUGAUAUAUUUUAAAGUAAAUUGCAGUGAUUGUAUUCAUAUUUUCAUCAAAAAAGAAACAAGUAACACAUCUCUGACAAUGAGUGAUUGUGUUGUCUAAGAAUCAGACUAAUCGCCUGUAUGCUUGUGAUAAAAUUUAGUUUCGCCAAAUCCUUUUACAGGGACUUGAUUUUACGUGUAUAUUAGUUGUUAUUUUAAUAUGUAUUCAAGUGGAGAAAACGAACCAAUUAUUGUAUCAUAAAUGUAAACAGAAGACUGAUUCAUUCUUGGGGCGCAAAUGAAUCAAAGCAAAUCUUAACCUCGAAAACUCGAAAUUUUCUACGAAUAGGUCCAUAAUGCUUGAAUCAUACUUAAAAACGGCAAAAUCUGGAGGUCUGGAAGCUCGGCUUUCGUUUAAAUCUUGAUUGGAGUCUGGUUGUGAGUUUUCACUCACUUUUCAGAGAGAGCUGGAAGAUAAAAUGACAAUGGAAACUUUCUUCCAUUUGGGGUAGAACAAGUAUUUAUUUUUCUUGCAGUCUUUGAAUCAAAGAACUCGCCUUAGCAAACAAUAAAAAUUAAAAGAGUCAACUCAAAAUUUCUCCGUUUAUGAACAUAGCAGACCUGGCGUACACGUAAGGGAAGCUUGCACAAAUUUCGAGUUUAACAGCACUAUUUCAAAUGUGAAUUGAGGGCCCUGAGAAGAAUCGGUUUUCAGCGCACGCUUGCGCCUCUUGAUCGGAUGCAGUUAACGUCUAGAUUUUGUUGACUAAUUUCGCGCGUUCCAAGUGGACAAGUCUGCCGGGUGCAUAAAUUUAUUAUGUGUACAUAGACCAAUGAUAGAUAUGCAGGAAAUCGAGGGGAGUCUUCUUUACAUUCCACUUAGUUCCCCGGUUGGCUUGGCACUUUGGAUUUGUUUUAGGCACCUGCUGCCGAGUGUCCAUCGGAUUGGUUAUUGGUUCUGUUACCUGUUCUAUCCUAGAACUGGUUGAUAAAAAAGGAACACUCGCCAGACAAGUGCCAGUGAUUCAGUUGCUGCAAUAUUUUUGUCAUGUAGUUUUAUAUUUAUUGGUUAACUGCGAUUGGUUGAUGGUGUAAAUCAGAACGGUGAAAAUGAUAUUUAUGUGGAUGUUUAUCGACAGUAUGACUAACUUCUGCAAAUGGAAGAAAUACUGAAAAUAAUGCAAAUGCACAGCAUAAUAGUUUCAAGCCUUUUUUCCGUUCUAUAAAGAUGGAUGCAUGCCACACUGCUUUCACAUCAUCAUAAAUUUUCAGUCUUCUGUUCAUUGUUUUCUGUUACUCUAAUCAAUAAGUGAUCGAAUAAAGGAAAUGUUGCAAAGUAUA